AUGACUGCUCCACGUACCCCAGAUGGAACAACUACAGCAUCGAGAGGGGGAAUGAAAAAGGUCAUCCACGACUUCUACUCAGAUCUCUUCAACAGCCACGUCCACUGGCCUCUGAGGGAAGAUGGACAUGUCAUUGCAGGGGUGCUUCCUUCCGAAGUCCGAGAGGCCGUCAUUUCAGUGAAAUAUCUUGCUCCCGGUCUCGACAGAAUGAGGCCUGAACAUUCGAAGUACCUACCGCCACUCCUCAUCAACACUGGCGAGAAUCUUCACUCGUUAUCUGUCGGAAUGCAAGAUUCCUAA